AGCAUAUAAAUUCCGCUCUCGAUCUGCACAGCAAAUUUGCAGAUGGAAAGAGAGAGCAGGCACUCGAAAGAGGAAGAGGAAGAGCUAGACCGAAAGAUAGCUCAAAUAAGGGAAAAGAACCUCAAGAUCGAAGAGCGGAAGAAGGAAAUCGACGCGGAUCGAGCCAACCAUACCGAUCAAGUACCGCGGAAACCUUCGAAACCCUCUUCUCCUCGCACCGCUAAUGCGAAAACGGGAAAAGGUGAAUGGGACAGGGAAUGGGAUCACGGGAAAACACCUGCGGAGACAUGGCGUGAGAACGUGCCGUCCAUAGACAUCGUGAAGAAGUCGGGAGGUCGCGGCGGACAUCAGCGACCAGCACAUCGAGGACAACGAGGCGGCCAGAAGUCACGCGGUGCACCUCGGACCGAUGGAACUCCCAAUAAUUCGCAGGUAUCUAAAGGAAGCAGACUCGAGGGACGUGUGAGUGUUCAGCAUCAGGAAUCAGGGACCCCUCGGGGUAGAGGUCGUGGAAGAGGAAGCGGACGUUUGCAGGAUCGCCAUGCCACGCAGGGAGAUGAUGAAGUGAAGAACAACGUUAGGAAGAAUGACGGUGCGCUUAAUCAUGCUCGUAACACGCGACAAAAUGCAAAACCUUCCCUGAAUAGCAAGGACGAUUCAACAGCAAAGAAUGCUUCCGGUAAAAAGACAUCCAAGAGACGUUACACGGAGAAGUAUGAAAUCAAACAAUUGCUCAGAAGAAUUGUGAACAAAGUGGAGAAGAAUGAAAGGAAGGAAAGGCAGAAGGAGAAGUUGGCUGCCGAGAAGAAGGCAAACCCAGCUGAGACGAAACACGAGAAGGCCAAGGAACCCAACAAGAACACCUCUGAUGCACCUUCGAAGACAAGUUCACCUCCAUCCACAGAAGUCGCUCCGGAACAGCCGAAAGCAAAGGAUGACGGGGAAGACAAGCAGGACCCGGUGAAGGCGGAAGAGGCUGUGAAUGAGACGAACGAAGCAGCAGAGGCGGCCGAUGCAAAUCAGAACGUCAUCAAACUGGUCGAAGAGAAGGUGCUGCAGAUCCAAAUGUCUUAA